UCUCCUGAACACAAUUAACUAUUAUUUUCUCAGAUCCUCUAUCUUUUUACGCGCAUAUAUAUGCGAGAUUCACUCGUCGCAUUUCUUUUACCUACUUUUUCUUUUUUUGUUCUGAUUUUUCCAUUUCCUUGUGAUUGAGAAGAAACGGAAGGCUCAGAUCUAGGCAUGCCUGCACCGGAGGCGGAGGUUUCUGGUGAGCGAGAAAUAGCGAAUCAACGGACCGUUGACUGCAGAAAUACUGUGGAGAAAAUGUGCGAAAUGAUGCGUGGAAGGGUUGCGGGUGUGUGAAAGGGUGUGACAAUUUGGAAAGGGUGCGUGAAGGGGUGCGGGAACGGGUGCAGGUGCUUGAAGGGGUGUAAGAACGGGUGCGGGUGCGGGUGCGGGUGCGUGAAAGGGUGUGGCAAUUUGGAAAGGGUGCGGGUGCCUGGAAGGGUACGACAAAUUUGGAAAGGGUGCUUGAAGGGGUGCAGGAACGGGUGCGGCAAAUUUGGAAAUGGUUUGUGAAGGGUUACAGGUGCGGAUGCUUGAAAGGGUGCAACAAAUUUGGAAAGGGUGUGUGUAGGGGUGCGGGAACGAGUGCAGGUGUUUAAAAGGGUACAAUGAUUUGGAAAGGGUGGGUGAAGGGGUGUGGGAAUAGGUGCGGGUGCGUAAAAGGGUGCAACAAAUUUGGAAAGGGUGCGUGAAGUGCUGUGAAAACGGAUGCGGGUGCGUGAAAGGGUGCGAUAAUUUGGAAAGGAUGCGUGAAGGGGUGCAAGAACGGGUGCGGGUGCGUGGAAGGGUGUGGCAAAUUUGGAAAGGGUGCGUGAAGGGUGCAAAUCUAUAGCAAGCUUAAAAAUCAGAACCUUGGUUGUGCUACCAUGCAAUGGUUGUGCUUUUAUUGGCCAAAAGACUUAUUCCCACCAAAGGUUUUGAGCGAACGUGUGACUAGGGAAAGAGAAGCUUCCGUUGAGACUGUGUUAGACAAUAAUGGUGCUCAGUAUCUUAAUAUAAAUGAAGAACCUUCUUCUCCUAGAGUGGAUAAUGUUAAAAAAAUAUCAGUUUUACCUCUUAUUUUCCUAAUUUUCUAUGAGGUUUCUGGGGGCCCUUUUGGUGCCGAGGAUAGUGUAGGGGCAGCUGGUCCUCUUUUAGCCCUUCUCGGCUUCUUGAUCUUUCCGCUCAUAUGGAGUAUUCCUGAAGCAUUAAUUACUGCUGAGAUGGGUACCAUGUUCCCUGAGAAUGGUGGUUAUGUGGCUUGGGUUUCAUCUGCCUUAGGUCCCUAUUGGGGGUUUCAGCAAGGUUGGAUGAAAUGGCUAAGUGGUGUCAUUGAUAAUGCUUUGUACCCAGUUCUAUUUCUUGACUACCUGAAGUCAGGUAUUCCGGCUCUAGGUGGUGGUUUACCUAGAACCUUUUCUGCGUUGGGUUUGACUGCUAUUCUCACUUUCUUGAACUAUAGAGGUUUAGUCAUUGUGGGGUGGGUUGCUAUCCUUCUAGGGGUUUUUUCCCUCCUUCCUUUCAUAGUUAUGGGAUUUGUGGCAAUCCCAAAGUUGGAGCCUUCAAGAUGGCUGGUGGUGAAUCUACAUAACGUGAAUUGGAAUUUGUAUUUGAACACUCUUUUCUGGAGUUUAAACUAUUGGGAUUCGAUUAGUACAUUAGCUGGAGAAGUGGAUAAUCCAAAGAAGACUCUCCCAAAGUCUCUAUUUUAUGCACUGAUCUUGGUUGUACUUGCGUAUUUCUUCCCCCUUCUUAUCGGUACUGGCGCUAUUCCACUUAAUCGUGAAUUGUGGACUGAUGGUUAUUUUUCAGACGUCGCCAAUUUGCUUGGCGGAGUUUGGUUGAGAUCGUGGAUUCAAGGGGCUGCAGCAAUGUCGAAUGUGGGCAUGUUUGUAGCUGAGAUGAGCAGUGAUUCUUUUCAACUUUUGGGGAUGGCUGAUCGAGGAAUGUUGCCUCAGUGUUUUGCUAAGAGAUCUCGUUAUGGAACUCCCUCAAUUGGAAUUUUGUUCUCUGCUUCUGGUGUGAUUAUGUUGUCAUGGCUGAGCUUUCAGGAGAUUGUGGCUGCAGAGAACUUUUUGUACUGUUUUGGCAUGAUUUUGGAGUUUAUAGCAUUUAUACGAUUAAGGAUGAAAUAUCCAGCUGCUUCGCGUCCUUACAAGAUACCCGUUAACACAGCUGGAUCAAUUCUUAUGUGUAUUCCUCCAACUAUACUGAUUUGUGUUGUGUUGGCUUUUUCUUCACUCAAAGUUGCAGCUUUUAGCCUUGGUGCUGUGGUGAUUGGCUUUGCGACGCAGCCUUCUCUCAAGUAUGCCGAGAGAAAGAGAUGGAUGAAAUUCUGUGCCAAUCCUAACCUCCCAGAUCUUCGUGGCCUUACCCAAGAGAAUUCUGAUGCACGAAUAGAAUAACAAAUCCUGGCUAAUGUCUGAGAACACAUUACAUAUGACAAGUAUGCCAUAUCUUCUUAUUUAUAAACUUAUGUGCGAUAUUUUUUUAAUGACGUAAUAAUACAUAUUAAAUAUAUAGUUUUAUUGGUUAUUUAUUUUCCCAAGAGAAGGGCAAUGGCCAAUGUAAAUAUUAUUCCAAAAGUAUGGGAAAAGCACAAAGCCCCCGAAAAAUCCUUCAUCACCAACGGCAGAGCUGCUUGUCAUUGCAAAAUAAUUUCUAAUGACGUUAGGAAUAUUACAAGCACUAAAGUAUUCACAACCUAUGUAACCUUGCUUAGCUCAUUCAACCCCUAGGGGUGGAUACUGAAAGAGGGUUCCUUUCAUGGAACUUAUUGCCUAGUGAUUUCAAAUUCGGCACCAAUUGGGAGAUGAUCAUUUGGGUGGUAGUAAUUCAGCAAACAACCAGCGACUUCCAGAGAGUCUGAGUUUGGAAGGUCGAUGGGUAUUGAUUGGUUUUAAGCAGUCAGAUGGAGAGAAGAAAAUAUAACCAAGAGCAUUGGCCAAGUCAGGGGUACAGUUUGUAAAUGUUGGUUCCCCUGUUGAAGCUGCAAAGAUUAGCAUUUCAGAACCAUACUAGCAGUUUGUAAAUGUUGGCUCCAAUAAUCAAGAGUACUG